AUGACCAUUUUACUACACAUCUACAUGUUUACAUUGAAGUUCAAAAGAGAACUGAUUAUCUGUUUGCAGCAUGGUUUUACCCAAGCGUCCAUUAGCCAACGACCGUUCGCAGUGUCCAGGAAUAUGCUGCUACGAGCUACUGGCCGAACUCAACCAUUCAACAAUCCGAAGAAUAUUAAAAGGGAGUUCAAGACCACUCGCUUAAUCUACAAUCUGUCGACGGAGUCUAACCCCUGUUUCAUACCGCGUAACUGGUGUAGACUUAGAAUAUUUCAAAGCAAUCUGCUCAACUCCCGAAGGAGGACCAGCCACUAUGAAUCCCAGAGGUCUACUGAAACUAGCUUCUCGAGCGCCGAACUGCUGCGGAAAACUCUACAAAAUCCGUCCAAUAACCUACGAAUAAGUUUAAUUGAAUUUCUUCUGAGAGCCCACCGCAACACAGAUUGA